AUCAAUCCCACACGUUAAUCCCAAUACAUAAUUGAAGAAUCUAUAUAGUUUAAACUAUAAAGUACUUCAAGCAAGGAUAGAUUAUUUUUUCUUAUUCCAAAAGUUGUGACAAAAUUGAAAGUUCGAAACGAUACUCAAUAUGUCAACAAAAGGGUCCUCGAUAACUAUGAAAUUCAAAGGUGUUGUUGAUGUAGUUCGUGCUAGCAGAUUCAAAUCAAGCUAUGUUGGACUUCAAAUUCAAAGGAACAUUCCAAUUGUGUCACAAGCUAGGCUUGAAAGUAGUUAUUGGAUGCAACAUAGUUUGCAAUUCUUCAGCACCAAAAACAACACAAGCACUAAUGCAAAUAGAUUAAAGAAAGAUGAGGUUCAACCUGAAGCCCCAGCUUCAAUCUCCACCUUCUCUUCUUGGUUUAAAUGGGCUUUGUGUUCAUUACUUUCUCUCGUGCUACCUUUUUUGAGAUAUAAUUGGAGAAAAUUACAGAGAAUAGAAGAGGCAGUGGUUGUGGUGGAAGAGGUUGAAAAAGUGGCAGAAGUGGUGGAAAAGGUGGCAGAAGUAGCAGAGAAGGUAUCUGAAGAUGUAGCAGAGAUGCUUCCUGAGGAUGGUAAGCUAAAGAAAGUAGCAUUAGUGGUAGAAAAUGCAUCAGAACAGGCUGCUCAUGGUGCUAAACUAACAGAAGACUUCAUACACAAAGUUGAAGAAGUCACUAAUGACAUGGAGGAUUUAGAAUCAUUCGUUGAACCAAUAAUUGACAAGAUUGUGAAGAAAGAAACAACAAAAAACUAAUUACAAAAUUAAAUAAAUAAUCUUUGUUGUGCAUCGUUGUUUGUUUGUAUUAAAGUAAUUUAUUGCUGCUGCUUUGGUGUGCCGUGUGUCGAUUUGUAGUGCAUCAAAUGUUUAACUAAUUGUAACUGAAAUACCAUUCCCUGAAAAUACAUGAAUUCAUUUAAAGGACCCUAGUCAAAA